ACAUCAAAUCAGAUUUUACGAAAUAAAUUUUUGGUAUAUAUACACACACACACACACACCACCAUAUCUCAAAUGAAGACACACUUAUAAUCCAACAAAGACCACACGUACGUAAAGAGUCUCAUGUUUAGUCCAAACCACCAUGAGUUGGAUCAAACUUCUAAAGCCAAAGUCCCCUUCUCAUGGGAACUAAAACCUGGAGUUUCAAGAAAGAAGAACAGAAGUGGCCGUGAUCAGCUACAAUGGACGCUUACGCCACCUCCAUGUCCUCAUGCUGAGUAUAGCUACGAAGUGUUACAGAGUCCUCUCGCUGUCUGCCCUUUCACGCCUUCCAACAUGGUCAAGACUUCAAGGUCUGGUUUGUCAAGUUUUAGAAAGAAAGACGUUGACCCUUUUCUUGAAGCUUACAGAAAAUGUUUAGAGAAUAGUCCUAUUCGCAUCUCUUCUUCCAUGGGAAGAAACGUACGAGUUGGUGAUCAAGAUUGUUACACGACGGGUAACAAGAAGAAGUCUUUGCUUUUAUGGCUUUGGAGUAAGUACUCUUGCAAGUUUCGUACUGAUGGUUGGAGUACGGUCUCUCGAUUCCGUAAAUCCAAGAAGAGAAUUGAUUCCACAAACAUAUUUUGAUAUAGUUACAGAAAAUCUUUGCUAUCCAAACAGUAAUUUUUUCUACUUAUUACCUUUUGUUAACAACAUCUACUUGAAUAAUAAGAAAACGGAACACAAUUUUUUCCAUUACCUUUGAACAAAUUUGUGAAAAAUUUACCGAUG